CUCAAAGCGGCGGUUGGAGGAGGAAGAUGGCGCCGCCCGGGUCCAGGCUGGUGGUAAAUCAGGCGGUGCUGGCGGAGAGGAACCCGGGGAGGAUCGCACCGGUGGCGGCCUGGGUGCAGUGUGAGCGGGAGAGUGAGGGCCAGGCUAGGGAAUCUGCUGCCCGGUUUGAAGAAGAGUUGAUCCAGUUUCAGAGAGAAAAGCAAGAAAAACUUCGGCACUUUCGAGGAGCAGUGAUACAGCGAGUGAAUCAGCACGCCAAGCUGCGCAAAAAGCAUCAGAUCCAGAAGUCUUGUGAUGCUGUGGCACGAGAGGGGUGUGUAUUCAAGCAGUCUCUGGAUGCCGCUAAGCACCUUACCCCAAAGAGAAACACUUGUGUUUACCGAAAUACACCAGUUGCCAUUUGUAGCCCUCGUUCCCGAUGGGUUUCAGCAAAGAAAAUCUGUGAAAACCUCAAUGAGGAGAAUGAAGGGGGUGAAAAUAAUAGGUUAUUUAAACAACAUGCAAAAACUCUUAGCAAAACCAUGAAGCAAGUACGUCACCGAUUGGCAGCCCUGCAGACCGUGCAGAGGGAAGAGUUAAUGCUUCCAGGAGGUGUUUGGAAGGUCUCCCCCACGCGGGAUAAUCCUGUGUCUCGGAGAUCUCCCGUACCGUGCGCUCUUGAAGAUGACGGUGAGGAAUUGUUCCUGAACGGAUUCCAUGAUUUGCCAGUGGAGAUGUUGCCACAAAGUUCAGUUGACCCUUUCCCUGGAAAGCAGCCGUUAAAUACGGCGUGUAGUCGGUUGACGAAGGAACCUUACCCUGCUGGCUCUGCUCCAGCAUUUAGCACAGAUUUCCGUGCUACUCUCGUACUUCGACCAGGCGUUGAUGAAGAAGAAGACCGAAAACAACGACAGAACCAAUACAUCAUGUACCGCCGUCUAUUCAUGGACAUUGAACGAGAGCAAGUCAAAGAAAUGAAGAGACAAAAAGAACACUAUAAAAAAAUGUUGAAAAUUAAGCACGGCAAAGAAGUACAGCGACAAUUAGAAGAGCAGAGAUUGAGGGACGAAGCAGAUCAGGAAGAACUCCAUUCCUUUCAAAGAGAAUGUGAAAGACUUGCUCUCGAGCGGGAAAUUGAAAAAGAAAAUUUGGAGAAAACACAGAAAACCAAAGAAUAUGUUCGGUAA